CGACACCUACGUCCUAGGUAGUGCACUUCAUGAGCAAUAGAGGGUGAUUUGGAAUGCAGCCGUGGAAUGUCGCUGCUAGCUUAUUCCAGCUAGCCAGUUGCUAAUCAAUAAGCACAGCAGCAACGAAAACUUUUGCAGGGAGAUGGUGACCGCUGAUCAUAUACGACUGCUGGCCAUGUAAAAAAAUUACAACUAGCCAACAUUGCUACCUGUAGAGAAUAACCAACACGACCGUGCGGAUAGCCGAGGACCAAGGACUUGGAGAGAGAAGCUGCCUUCUGGCUCAACCAGAUGUGGGUCAGGUAAGCAAAAGACUAGUACCCAGCUGUCAAGAAGCAAAGGUCCAUGACAGUCAGUUGUUUUUCUGGAGCCACACAGCCACAACCAAGUAACUCAGAAAGAUGAACAUCGAUGACAAGUUGGAUGGGAUCCUGAUUCGAUGUGACACUGUGAACAUACACCACACAGCGCAAACCUUAGCACCCUCUGGGGUGGAAAAAAGGGGAGGAGGAAACAUUGAUAUGUCUCUUGGAGAAAAAAGUUUGGCCAAUCAACCCCUGCUUGCUGAUGAUGAUGAUGAGGAAGAUGAGGAUGACGAUCUGGCUGGUGAAACGCUGACCUCACACAACCUCAUCUCACAUGAUGAACUUAUGGUUCAUGAGGAGACUGUGAAAAACAACGCAGCAGGAGAACAAGAAUUCUCUCAGCGGCUUUCCCACAAGCUACCGUACACCUUACAAAUGCCUGUGAAUAUUAAACAAGAACUAAAGCUGACAGACCCACUAAUUCUCAAUAAAAAGGACAAGAAACAGGAGAGGGACCUGACAGAUUGUCACAAAAAGAAAAAAAGAAAGCAGCGUUCUCCUGCAAAGAUUCUAACCAUUAAUGAAGAUGGCUCACUGGGACAUCAGAACCCGAAGUCACACAUCUGUGAGCACUGCAAUGCUGCUUUCCGAACAAAUUACCAUCUACAGAGACACGUCUUUAUCCAUACGGGAGAAAAGCCUUUUCAGUGCAGUCAGUGUGACAUGCGGUUCAUUCAGAAAUACCUAUUGCAGAGACAUGAGAAAAUUCACACAGGAGAAAAGCCAUUUCGAUGUGACGAGUGUGGAAUGAGAUUCAUCCAAAAAUAUCAUAUGGAGAGACACAAGAGGACGCAUAGUGGAGAGAAGCCUUAUCAGUGUGAUUACUGUCACCAGUACUUCUCCAGGACUGAUCGAGUUUUGAAGCAUAGACGUAUGUGCCAUGAAAAUAAAGACAGAAAGGUCCAUAAAGCAGCUGCCAAAGAUGGCCUUCUACGCAACACAGAAACACUCACAUUCUCCUUUCCACCCAAGGAGAGCACUCUACCUAAGAAAAAGCGACAGAAGUCCACUGAUAAGAACAGCACCGUUGUCCAAAACCAUGCUGUCCCAGACAAAGUUGUGGAGGGUGAAGAGAAGAAGGAAGAGGACAGACUCUGCAAAAAUGAAUGUCUUCCUCUUUACGAUGUUGCCACCAAGGUGAAGGAUGAGUAUGUAAUGACAGAAUAUUCUGUCGAACUCCCAGAUUGUUCUCCAGGAAGCAGGGAACUUACUGGGGAGGCAUCUUCUGAUGAGAUCACUCCUCCAAAGAUAGUGCUGAAGAAGAUUGCUAGCAAGAAGAAUGUAAAGCAGCAGACUCUGGAACACUCACAGCCUUUGUCACCCUUGUCAUCAUACGAGGAGGGAAAAGUCACAAGAUAUACAUUUGAAAUUGUUGAUAACAAGGGCCUUUUGGAUGUUGAGCCAAGCACUGACUUGGAGACCGUUGAUCCACUCCAGGUUGGGCCGACAAAGCCAGCUGGCAGCAGCACAAACUACGAUGAUGCCAUGCAGUUUCUCAAGAAGAAGCGUUACCUCCAGGCGACCACGGCCAAUAACAGUCGGGAGUAUGCCCUGAACAGCAUUUCCUCACAGCCCUCAGUUACUCAGGCAGCCGUGACCACGGUCAUAGAUGAAACUGUUCCUGCCACAAUCCUGUCCGAGACUCAGACUCUGAAUGUGGAGAUCAAGUCGAGCCAUGAGAAGAACGUGCUCCCCGAUGAAGUCCUACAGUCCCUCCUGGAUCACUACUCCAUCAAAGCCAAUGGACCAUCAGAGAUCAGCUUCAGUGUAGCAGACACAGAAGUAACUUCCAGCAUCUCCAUCAAUUCAUCUGAUGUAUCAGAGAGCAGUCCUACUGAGGCCUUGGGCACUAGCUCCCAAGCACCCACUGCAGAGAAGGCUAGUCUUCUUCAAGAGUAUUCAAAGUUUCUCCAGCAAGCUUUGGAGAGGACCAGUCAGAAUGACAGCUACCUGAAUAGCCAGAGCCUAGCCUUUGUGAAUGAAGGAGCAAGCCUUGGUGGGCAGCCAUUAUUUUCUUCAGACAAACAGUUUGGUUCUCCUAGUCGGUUUCGAUCAGGUAUGAACUCUCCCCUGAGACUGGACAAACCGCACUUUGGUCUUUUAGUUGAUUCCCAACACUCAUUCUCAUUUUCAGGGGAUGAAACCAACCCCUCUUCAGUGUCACCAACUGAGGACUUUCUGGAGCAGGUGUCCCCCAAAAAGUCAGACUCUCAGGGCAUCACUCAAACGUUUCAGAUUGCGACAUUUGAUCAGAACUUUCGAUCACAGUUCCAGACCUCUCGGUCUGGACUGUCUUCGCAAUUUAGCGUUUCCAAUGGACAGGUCAGCAUAAGAAGUCAUGGAGGAUCAGACUUUCCAGAAUUCUCUCUUGUUAACGUUACUGAAACCAGAACUCAAAUGAGCUCCUCUCCAGAUGCUACAAGCAGCCACACAUUUGGCUAAAAAAGCUAUUUAAAAUUUUACUCGUUUAAAAGCACUUUAUGCUCUUGCUCUGCGAAUGUAAGCAGCACCACAUUGGAUGGUCAUCUCAUGGCAAACAUUUGAACUCCAGAUGUUCUCUUUGUAUUCGGUCGCUGUUUUAAUCAUGCAGGAUGAGAAUCAUUAUAGGAAGUAGUUUUUGUUUUUCAGCACACUCAUUUAAUGUCUGUAUACAUGUUAAAAGGCACUUUUCUGUAUUUUGUCUGUAUUUUUUUUUUUGUUAAUUCUAUAAGUUCAUCUGCACAUCACACUGCACAACCAGUCUCUCUAAGAGAGUGAAUUUAUUUCCUUACAGUUACAUACAGAUAAGCUCUUAAAUUUCCAAUGUAAUCUCAUGAAUUCAUAAUUUUAUAUAAUGAAAUGAUAUAAUUCUCAGAUAUUUUUGCACAACACUAUGAAGGUAAUAUUAAUUUUUAAGAAAAGCUCUUAAAUUAUAUUGGAACUAGGUACAUCUCUGAUACCUUGGUGUAUUGUAAUCAAUACCUUGAUUGACACCUUAAUUUUCUUUGUACAACAAAAACGUAUCCAUCCAUGGAACUAAUAAUCCAUGACCCUAAGAGAUAAAAUUCAUUUAGGCUUUACUGGGAGAGUAUACCUCAAAUACAGCAUGGGGUAAUCAAUAAAGAUAUCGACACUUAAGUACAUUCCUCAAGUUGUAUUUUUCAAUGAAGCCGAUGAAGUAGGCAUCCCUAAAAAGUUUUUUUUUCCUGCAUGUAGUGCCUUUUUGUGUAUCUGUGAAAUAUUAAAAAUUUAGUUUUGAUCAUGAUCCUAAGCAAAUUAAUGAUUUUAAAUUUAGCUAAAUUGUUACAUUUGCACUUAGGCCGUAUUAUGGGCAAAAUCAGUGCUCUUUAUACCUGGGACUUUCAAUUCAACUGGGUACGAAUCCCAGCCCUGAAUUACAAUGUUUUAUUGCUCUCUCUCUCUUUUUUUUUCUCCCCCGAAGCACAUUUUCCAUUGAUCUCAUUACAAUUAUGGAGAUAUUUUAUAGGGUCAGAGAUUGGUGAUGUCUUUAUUUGCUCUGUCAUUCUAUUGUGUGUUUGGUAGUUAACAAGCAAAUGUAUUAAAUUGGGAAAUUACAGUUGAGUCAUGUAACUUUAAUCAUUGUCUUUGAAAUAUGAACUAAAACUUUUGCCUUGUCUAUCUCUAAACUGACGUUCAUGUAUUCACUGCAUUGUUUGAUGAAACAAAUGGUGCAUGGCUUUGAUCUUUGGUACUUUUAUUUAGUAUUUAUAACCCUAGUUAUCGUUAAUAUACAUCUAACAAUGAAUCACAUCAACAUCCUGCCUGUUUAUAAUUUCUAUAUGUUUUGAUUGCUCUCUUUUUUUGGGGGGGGGUUGAAAUGUCUUAAUCAAGUCCCUAAGCGCUAAUUCAUGCAUGCUGUUUUUUAAAGCCUACAGGGGUGCCAUGCUAAAUUACAGACCAAAUUGGAACUGCAAUGUAAAGAUAUCUUUAUUAUAAAAUGACUUUUAUUGCUCAUACUUCAUUUGAAAACAUUCCCUCAUUUGAUUGUCAGAUGCGUGUCGUUAUGCAUAUAUGUUUGUAUGGAUGUACAAUGGAUAUAAAAAGUCUACACACCUUUGUUAAAUUAACAGAUUAUUCUGAUGUAAAAAAUGAAACCAGUGCCAGAUCUUUAUUCACACUCAGUGUGAAAUUACAUUAGACCUUUUUAGGUGUACUUAGCUGUAGAAGUGUGCACACUCCUAAACUAAUAUUUUGUUGAAGCACAUUUUCGAUUUUAUUACACCACUUAGUCGUUAUAGGUAAGAGUCUUUUAUCCUGUCACAUCUUGACCUGGCAAUAUUAUCCUACUCUGUUGCAAAAACAUUCUAGAUGCAUCAAAUUAUAAGCUUUAGGACACCCCACAUAUUUUUAGUUGGAUUCAGGUCUAGGCUCUGGCUAGGUCUUUCAAAAAAAUUUAUUUGGGUCAAGCCAUUCCUUUGUUGCUUUGGAUGCAUGUUUUGGGUCAUUUGUCAUGCUGAAAUUCCCUUACCAGACACUUGAAGAUUUUAAUACUAAAAUUGACAUAUUAUUCAUGAUUCAUGAAGUCCUAGUCCUGCAGAAAAGCAGCCCUAAAGCAGGAUGCUGCCACCACCAUGCUGCACUGUGGGUAUGUUGGACCAAACAUACCUUUUGAACUUGGACCAUAACAUAUAUUUUCGUGGGAUUUGGGGUGAUUCAGCUAAACCUGCAUGAUUUAUUUAUUUUUUAUUUUUUUGGUGAGAAAGGCCUACCCCAUAGUCCAGACAUGGGAAGAAUAUGAGACAGUGUUAAUCAGUAUUUGUCAGAAAUUGUUGAGGGACUUUCUUUUCUUGGUGAUGUCACAGUGGUGCUCUAUUUUCUCUGUUGGUUGAUGAUGACAUUGUUUUGUAAGCUCUUUGUGAACCAUGGCAUCAGCAGUCAAAUGAAACCACAAAGGUAUGUAAAUCCUACAGAAACAGCCGAGGUUACUCCUAUUAAUUUUAAUUGUGAACUUUAAUCCGAAUACAGCCAAAUGAACAAUUGUGAAAGGGUGUGCACGCACAUUUUUUUUUAAUUAAAAAAUUCCCCAAAAACUUAUUUUCACUUAUUUUUAUUGGAUGUAAUUUCUCACUGGGAGUGUAAAUAUUUGUAAACAUAUUUUGGUUUCAUUUAUUUCGCAUCACAAAAAUUCUGCCAUUUUAACAGAGGUGUGUAGAACCUUUAUCUUUAGUUGUAUGUAUGUACGUUGUACAUUUUGAACUGCGCAUUAUGUUUUGUGUAUGCUAAGAGUGAGAUAAAGAAAGUUGGAGACAUUUGGGAUCUCUGUGGAUUUUUAAAAUGAGUGUACUCUGUUAAUUCUGUCUGCAUAAUCCUGUUGGUUCUGGCUUCAGUGAACACUGCUCAUGUUACCUUUGAUUCAUAGGGUCUAGUUUUUUUUUUUUUUUGUCUCUGUCACUUCCUGGAGUUGAAAAUACCACAGCAGGUAAUCUGAUUUUCUGUCAUAAAAAGCUCAUAACUCUAGUUCUCAUUAAGGAUUUAAUUUUUCUACUAGAUGCAUUAUUUAAGCAGAUUCAUAUUUCUGCACUCAACAGAUAUCAGCUUUAUAUAUCAUGUACAUCUUGAGCACAAUUAAAAGUGUUUGUUAGUUUCAAAUGAACCAAUUUGUCCGUCAAGUCAAAAUGAAGUGAGAACACUUUUCAUUUACCUUUAUAUGAUAUUGUUUGAUAUUGAUAUGAUUGUAUUGUUAUUUUCUUUUACUGCUACACACAAUUACAUUAAUUCUGACUCCCA